UAUAAGCAUAGUACGUGUUGGAUCUUAAGUACGUAGCAGCCGUCCCCCGACUCGACGCGACGCGACGCAGUUGGCCAUGGCAAGGGAUGAUCAGCAGCUGCAGGUGCUGAGCGCGCUCGACGCGGCGAGGACGCAAUGGUACCACUUCACGGCGAUCGUCGUCGCCGGCAUGGGGUUCUUCACCGACGCCUACGACCUCUUCUGCAUUUCGCUCGUCACCAAGCUGCUCGGCCGCAUCUACUACACCGACGUCACCAGGCCCACCCCCGGCACGCUGCCGCCCAACGUCGCGGCCGCGGUGAACGGCGUCGCGCUCUGCGGCACGCUCGCCGGCCAGCUCUUCUUCGGGUGGCUCGGCGAUAAGCUCGGCCGGAAGAGCGUGUACGGGAUGACGCUGCUGCUCAUGGUCAUCUGCUCCAUCGCCUCCGGGCUCUCCUUCUCGCACACGCCGGCCAGCGUCAUGGCCACGCUCUGCUUCUUCCGCUUCUGGCUUGGGUUCGGCAUCGGCGGCGACUACCCCCUGUCCGCGACCAUCAUGUCCGAGUACGCUAACAAGAAGACCCGCGGUGCCUUCAUCGCCGCCGUCUUCGCCAUGCAGGGAUUCGGCAUCCUCGCCGGCGGCGUUGUCACGCUCGCCAUGUCCUCGGUGUUCCGGUCCGCGUUCCCGGCGCCGGCGUACGAGGUCAAUGCCGCGGCGUCCACCGUGCCGCAGGCCGACUACGUGUGGCGCAUCAUCCUGAUGCUCGGCGCGAUGCCGGCUAUACUGACUUACUACUGGCGGAUGAAGAUGCCGGAGACGGCGCGGUACACCGCGCUCGUCGCCAAGAACGCGAAGCAGGCCUCGUCGGACAUGGCCAAAGUGUUGCAGGUGGAGAUCGAGGUGGAAACGGAGAAGCUGGAGGACAUCACGAGGGGCAAGGACUACGGCCUCUUCUCGGCACGCUUCGCCAAGCGCCACGGCGCGCACCUCCUAGGCACGGCGGCGACGUGGUUCCUCGUCGACGUCGCGUACUACAGCCAGAACCUGUUCCAGAAGGACAUCUUCACCAGCAUCCACUGGAUCCCCAAGGCGCGCACCAUGAGCGCGCUCGAGGAGGUGUUCCGCAUCUCCCGCGCGCAGACGCUCAUCGCGCUCUGCGGCACCGUGCCGGGCUACUGGUUCACCGUCUUCCUCAUCGACGUCAUCGGCCGCUUCGUCAUCCAGCUCUUGGGCUUCGCCGGGAUGACGGCGUUCAUGCUCGGCCUCGCCAUCCCGUACCACCACUGGACAAUGCCCGGCAACCAGGUCGCCUUCGUCGUCCUGUACGGCUUCACCUUCUUCUUCGCUAACUUCGGGCCGAACGCGACGACGUUCAUCGUGCCCGCCGAGAUCUUCCCGGCGCGCCUCCGGUCGACCUGCCACGGCAUCUCCGCCGCGUCCGGCAAGGCCGGCGCGAUCAUAGGAGCGUUCGGUUUCCUCUACGCGGCGCAGCCACGGGACAAGGCGCACGUGGACGCCGGGUACAAGCCAGGGAUCGGCGUGCGGAAUGCGCUGUUCGUGCUCGCCGGGUGCAACCUUCUUGGCUUCCUCUUGACAUGGAUGCUCGUGCCGGAGUCGAAAGGGAAGUCCCUCGAGGAGAUGUCCGGCGAAGCCGACGACGCGGAACGCCCUGCCAACGCCGCCAGCCAGUCCGGAGUUGAGAUGGUGUAAUCCUUCCAUGACGCAACGACGACGAACCCAUGCAUGCGAAGCUCGUACAUUUUGCGUGAUAGGAAAUGCAAUACUCCAUUUAUUAGCACGUUCGCACUCCUACU